GUGAGAGGUGGCGGCGAAGGAGAUCUGCAGAGAGACAACGCGACGCCGGAACGGAAUGGAGGUGACGUUCGCGACGCCGGGGGGACGGGAGUUCACCCUCGAGGUGUGGUACUUCGCAACGGUGCGGGAGAUGAAGGAGGCAGUCCACGUGCGCGAAGGCAUCCCCGUUGCUUCGCAGCGAUUCUUCCUGGCCGGGCAGGAGGACGACGGCCUGGAGCUGGACGACGCGCGCGACACCGCGCACUACGGCAUCGUCCAGGGCUCCCGCGUUCUCCUCCUCCUCCGCGACGACGCGCCUCCCUCGGCCUCGCCCGCCCCUGCCACCGCCGUCCACGUCACCGUCUCGGCCCCUGAGAUCGGGCUGUGCAGCGUAGCCCUCGACGACGUCCCCACCUCCGACACCGUUGCCCGCCUCAAGGAGCUCCUCCAGGACCGCACCGACGGCGCGCUGUCCAUCGCGAGGACGGUCCUUUUCCUCGGCAAGACGGAGAUGGAGGACGGCAAGACGCUGGCGGAAUACGACCCUCCGGCCGAUGGCAUGGACUUGAGCGCCGUUGUGCGCCAGCAGCCCCUCGUGGCGUCGGGUGGCGGCGCCGAGGCCAGGAGCCAGCAAAGAAUCGAGGUGAGCGUCAUGUUUGGCGAGACGGUGGUGGCGUUGGAGGUGGGCGCCACGGACGUUGUCCGGGACCUGCGGAAGGAGGUGGAGAGGCUGCAUCUCCCCGUCCGCGACAGCAGCGGCAACGAAUACUUCUUCGUGUACAAGCAGAAUGUUAUGGAUGAGGACCGUACACUGCGGUGGCAUGAGGUUAAGAACGGCGACACCAUCGAGAUAUUCAACGGCACCGUCACCGGCGGUGCCUGAUGGGAUGCCUUUAUCAUGGGUUUAACGAAGGGUCUAGGGUUUAUUGCUUCUUCAGCAAUAUAAUCGUGACUUCAGAUUUC